GGAAAAUCGCAGGGAAAAAAAAAAAAAAAAAGAAGAUCUCCGAGAUGAAGAUCUACUACUAGCUUGUUCAAUCGUCAAUUAGGCUUAUCGAUCUCAAUAUAAUCUCUCUCGCGUUCUCUCUCUCUCUCUCAAUUCUUGUUGUCGAUCUUCUCUAGUAGCGCUUUUAUCUUCAUCGAAUCCCUAGAAAUUGCCUGUUUCAUCUUUGAACUCGAGCCACGGAAGCUUCAGCCAUGGCUUUCAUGGCGGUCUUGGAGUCAGAUCUUCGCGCCUUGUCUUCCGAAGCUCGCCGGAGGUACCCCGCUGUUAAGGAUGGCGCAGAGCAUGCUAUAUUAAAGCUUCGUUCAUUGUCAAGUCCUAGUGAAAUUGCACAUAAUGAGGACAUUCUACGGAUAUUUUUGAUGGCUUGUGAGGUCAGAACUGUUAAGCUGAGUGUAAUUGGACUUUCAUGUCUACAAAAGCUUAUAUCCCAUGAUGCAGUUGCUCCAUCAGCUUUGAAGGAGAUACUUUCUACAUUGAAAGAUCAUGCAGAAAUGGCAGAUGAGAGUGUUCAACUCAAGACCCUUCAGACUAUAUUAAUCAUAUUUCAGUCACGGUUACAUCCAGAGAAUGAGGAGAAUAUGGCUCAAGCCCUUUAUAUAUGUCUUCGGCUUCUUGAGAAUAAUAGAUCCUCUGACAGUGUGCGCAAUACUGCUGCAGCUACCUUCAGGCAGGCAGUAGCUUUAAUUUUUGAUCAUGUGGUUCAUGCUGAGGCUCUUCCUGUGGAAAAGUUUGGUUCUGGAGGUCAUAUUUCUCGAUCCAGCUCAGUUACUGGUGAUGUUAGUCGCAGUAUGAAUCAUUCAGAGUUGUUGGGGAAUGAACCUGUUUCUGGAGAGAAAUCUUUGACGAGGGGGAUCCUAACAAAUGCUGGAAAUUUUGGGCUUCGUUUACUUGAAGACCUGACAGCUCUUGCUGCAGGUGGAUCUGCAAUUUGGUUACAUGUAAAAUCUCUUCAACGGAUAUUUGCACUUGACAUACUUGAGUUCAUUCUGUCCAAUUAUGCUGUUAUUUUCAAGACCUUGGGCCCUUAUGAACAGGUUAUGCGUCACCAGAUUUGUUCACUUUUGAUGACUUCACUUCGUACUAAUGCUGAGAUCGAAGGAGAAGCAGGAGAACCUUCUUUUCGUCGGUUGGUAUUGCGAUCAGUUGCUCAUAUUAUCAGGCUGUACAGUUCAUCCCUUAUUACUGAAUGUGAGGUUUUUCUUAGUAUGCUUGUGAAGGUUACUUUUCUUGAUUUGCCAUUAUGGCACCGUAUACUUGUGCUUGAGAUCUUGAGGGGUUUUUGUGUAGAGGCACGGACUUUAAAAAUUCUUUUCCAGAACUUUGAUUUGCAUCCUAAGAACACAAAUGUUGUGGAGGGUAUGGUUAAAGCUCUUGCUCGGGUUGUUUCAAAUGUACAGGUUCAAGAAACUAGUGAGGAGAGCCUGGCCGCUGUUGCAGGGAUGUUUAGCAGCAAGGCUAAAGGGAUUGAAUGGAGUCUGGAUAAUGAUGCAUCCAAUGCUGCUGUCCUGGUUGCUAGUGAAGCCCACGCCAUAACUUUGGCAGUUGAAGGGCUGUUGGGUGUUGUCUUUACUGUAGCUACUUUGACUGAUGAAGCAGUGGAUGUUGGGGAGCUCGAGUCUCCCAGAAGUGAAUAUGAUCCUGUGUCAAAAUUUACUGGGAAAACUGCUGUUCUUUGUGUUGCAAUGGUUGAUUCAUUGUGGUUGACAAUUCUUGAUGCUUUGUCCCUUAUUUUGUCGAGGUCACAAGGAGAGGCUAUUGUGUUGGAAAUAUUGAAGGGAUAUCAGGCAUUCACUCAGGCAUGUGGGGUUCUUCAUGCUGUAGAACCUUUGAACUCUUUUCUAGCAUCGCUUUGUAAAUUCACUAUUAAUUUUCCAAAUGAAGCAGAGAAAAAGAGUGCAGUGCUGUCUCCUGGGCCAAAACGGCCUGAGUCACUAGUUGAACCGAGGGAGAGUGUUGUUCUUACUCCCAAGAAUGUGCAGGCCCUGAGGACUCUCUUCAACAUUGCUCAUCGGUUGCACAACGUUUUAGGGCCAUCAUGGGUUUUAGUUUUGGAAACUUUAGCAGCUCUAGAUCGGGCAAUUCACUCUCCACAUGCCACCACCCAGGAAAUCUCCACAGCUGUCCAAAAGCUUCCAAGAGAAUCUUCUGGCCAAUACAGUGACUUCAGUAUUCUGUCUUCAUUGAAUUCCCAGCUAUUUGAGAGCUCAGCAUUGAUGCACAUAUCUGCAGUUAAAUCACUUCUUUCUGCACUGUGUCAAUUGUCACAGCAAUGCAUGACUGAAGCAUCAAGUGGUUUUGGACCAGCAGUGAGUCAAAAGAUUGGAAGCAUUAGUUUUUCAGUGGAGAGGAUGAUAUCCAUCCUUGUCAAUAAUCUUCACAGAGUGGAGCCAUUGUGGGAUCAAGUUGUGAGCCACUUUCUAGAUCUAGCUGAUAAUUCCAAUCAGCAUUUGCGGAAUAUGGCCCUUGAUGCAUUAGAUCAAUCGAUCUGUGCUGUUUUAGGUUCUGAACAGUUCCAGGAUUAUGUGCCAUCCAGACUUAAUGGGACAUCUGAUGAUAUGGAAACUAGGCAUAAAGAGUUGAGAUUGCUCGAGUGUUCUGUCAUAUCUCCACUUAGGGUUCUGUAUUUUUCCACUCAAAGUGCUGAUGUACGUGCUGGAUGCUUGAAAAUUCUUCUGCAUGUUCUGGAGAGGCAUGGAGAAAAAUUAUAUUACAGUUGGCCAGAUAUUCUUGAAACAUUAAGGUCAGUUGCCGACGCACCAGAGAAAGAUCUCGUUGCUUUGGGUUUCCAGAGCCUAAGAGUAAUUAUGAACGAUGGACUUACUUCGAUACCCACUGAAUGUCUCAAUGUAUGUGUAGAUGUCACUGGAGCAUACAGUGCUCAAAAGACUGAACUGAAUAUAAGUUUAACCGCAAUAGGCCUCUUAUGGACCACCACUGAUUUUAUUGUGAAGGGGCUUCUGCAUGGGCCUCCGGAAGAAAAGGAAACCAGUAUUCUUGAUGAGCAUCCUAUUUUAAGGCAACUAGAUGGUGAAUUAAAAGAAGAGCAGACUCCAGAAGCAACAGAUAAAGUGAAUGACCAAGCUCCCACAGUAAAUAUCAUUGAUCGUGACAAGUUGCUGUUCUCUGUUUUCUCGUUACUUCAGAGGCUUGGAGCUGAUGAGAGGCCAGAGGUCAGAAAUGCUGCUGUCAGGACACUCUUUCAAACUCUUGGAAGUCAUGGGCAAAAACUUUCAAAAAGCAUGUGGGAGGAUUGUCUUUGGAAUUAUGUUUUUCCUGCUUUAGAUCGUUCUUCUCACAUGGCGGCAACAUCAUCAAAAGAUGAAUCACAAGGGAAAGAACUAGGAACUCGAGGAGGAAAAGCAGUUCAUAUGCUGAUCCAUCAUAGUCGUAAUACAGUUCAGAAACAGUGGGAUGAAACACUGGUACUGGUCCUUGGUGGAAUAGCACGUCUAUUACGUUCUUUCUUUCCCUUUCUCAGUAGCUUAAGCAAUUUCUGGUCAGGAUGGGAAUCUUUGCUUCUCUUUGUGAAGAAUAGUAUUUUAAAUGGUAGUAAAGAGGUCGCCAUUGCUGGAAUAAACUGUUUGCAGACAACUGUUCAUUCUCAUUGCCUAAAGGGUAAUUUGCCAAUGCCUUACCUUAUAUCCAUACUUGGUGCAUACAAGCAUGUUAUUCAAAAAUCAACAAACUACACUGGUAAUGCAGCUAGCAAGGUGAAGCAAGAGAUUUUACAUGGUCUUGGUGAAUUGUAUGUGCAAGCACAAAGGAUGUUUGAUGAUCAAAUGUUCUCUCAGUUGAUUGGGAUCAUAGAUUUGGCAAUUAAGCAAGCCAUAACUACCAAUGAAAACUUUGAAAGUGAAUUUGGACAUGUUUCUCCUGUGCUGCGUACCGUAUUAGAAAUCUUACCGCUGUUGCAUCCAACUGAACUCAUCUCUUCAAUGUGGCUUGUUCUUCUUAGGGAGCUUUUACAAUAUCUUCCAAGAUCAGAUUCUUCUUUGCAAAAAAAUGAUGAGGAGGUUAAGCAAGCCAGCAUUACUGAUAAUGUACCAGGCAAUAAUAUAAAGAGAAAGGAUGAAAUGCCCAAUGGUACAGCUUCCAUUUUCCCAAAAGAAGCUGAAGCCCCACCUCAGGGUUCUGGAUCAACGAUAACAGUAUUGGGUGGAAUUCCAAGUUAUGCAUUUGCAGAAAAGCUUGUUCCUGUGCUGAUAGAUCUUUUCCUACAUGCUGCAGCAGUUGAAAAAUAUAUUAUAUUUCCUGAAAUUAUUCAGAGUCUUGGAAGGUGUAUGACUACAAGAAGAGACAAUCCAGAUGGUUCACUUUGGAGAGUGGCUGUUGAAGGCUUCAACCGUGUUCUUGCUGAUGAUUUUUGCAAGUUUACUGGGAAUUUUGGACCAGAUUCCAGAAUUAAUAGACCUAUGAGAACACGUGUCUGGAAAGAAAUAGCAGAUGUUUAUGAAAUAUUCCUGGUAGGCUAUUGUGGUCGUGCCAUACCUUCCAACUCUCUCUCAGCUGAAGCACUUAAGGCUGAUGAGGCACUGGAGAUGACCAUUCUGCAUGUUCUGGGUGAUAAGAUUCUUAAAUCACCAAUUGAUGCACCUGUUGAUAUUGUGGAGAGACUAGUUUCCACCAUGGACCGUUGUGCAUCACGCACAUGCUCUUUGCCCAUUGAAACCGUGGAACUUAUGCCAUUUCAUUGUAGCAGAUUUUCCCUGGCUUGCUUGCAGAAGUUGUUUUUCUUGAGCAGUUACGAUAAUGAAGCUGGUGAUUGGAGCUCGACAAGAUCUGAAGUCAGCAAAAUCUCAAUCAGGGUUCUUUUGACUAGAUGUGAAUAUACCAUGAACAGAUUUCUGAUGGAUGAGGAACUAGCAGGUGAACGACCAUUACCUUCUGCAAGGCUUGAAGAAAUUUUCUAUGUCCUUCAAGAACUAGCUCAUCUAAGAAUACAUCCAGAAACGGCAUCUGUUCUUCCUUUGCAUCCUAAUUUGAAAAGCGUCCUAGCAGACAAGGAGGAUCACAAAAAAUGUCCACAUCUGUUUGUUCUAUUUCCCACCUUCUGCGAUCUUGUAAUAACAAGGGAAGCUAGAGUGAGAGAGUUGGUGCAAGUGUUGCUGAGGCUCAUUACUAGGGAACUAUCGCUUGAAAAGGUUGGUAUUGCCAGUUGAUACAUGGAGGAAUGCAUUUUCACGAUAUUUGAAUCUAAAAUUGAAUUGGCGAGUGGUCAUUACUAGUUGACAGAUAUGGUAUAGGUGAGGAUUUUUUUUUUUUGGUUUUCCUGCCCUUCACUGUUUGGUGUUGUAUCAUGUAGGUUUGUACAUUAUAGGAUUUUUGUUGUAUUUGAUGAGGCACCGACCAAGAGUUAACAUUUCAUGUAUCAGGAUGAUAGAGCUAGUUUUAUAUUCAUGCCUCUAUCAAUGAAUGUUGAAAUAAUGUAUACAAUUGUUUUCGUCAGUAGUACAAGAGGUUUCCCAAUAUUAGACAA